GGUUUUUCUCUGCGAUGGAGAGACUUUAAUAGUGUGGCGUUUUCAUUCAAAACAAACGAGACAGAGCCAAAUGCCGAACAGACCUGUUCCUUCCAGGAAUAACCGAGCUGGAUAAAGGAGGAGAAUGCAAGCCUUGUGUCAGUUAUUAAUUGUUGUAGCAAUUGUUAUUGUAAAUGUACAAGCAUGGGACUUAAAAUCAACAAAUGAUUCUUGUUAUGAGGAACGUGGUGGUUUAUUCCCUUGUUCAGAUACGAUAACUGGCAAUGUCAUUCUGAUGGUAUUCUAUGGAGCUGUGCUUGGCGUUGCUGCAAAGUUUAUUUCUGAUGGUGCUGAGUUACUGUUGGAUUUGGGGUUUGCUCCAAGCAUCAUAGGCGGUGUGGUGUUGCCAAUUCUUGGAGCUGUUCCUGAUUCAGCCAUUAUUGUAGCAUCUGGGUUGGGUGAUGAUGCCCAAGAGAAGCUGUCUGUUGGAAUGGGAACACUUGCUGGGAGCACAGUCAUGUUGUUAACAGUUGCAUGGUCAGCUAGUUUAUUUAUUGGGAAAUGCAAUUUGAAUAACCAAGGUGUGUCUGUUGAUGGCUCUGGUAAAGGAAAAUUCAGUAUGACAAAACAGGGCAUCACUCCGCUUCCGGAAGUAAAAUCUGGUAUCGUCAUCAUGUUAGCAACAUCAACAUUUUACUUUGUUGUACAGUCAGCUGACUGGCAUUGGGGUGCAACUAAGACAGUAGGACAACCAGCAUAUGUCAGGGAUGCUGCUCUUGCCACCCUGGUCAUAUGUAUCAUUGGGUUAAUAGCUUACAUUGUAUAUUCAAUUUUUGAUAGUAAAAGAACAGAUAGAAUAGCUAAGCUGCACAGAGAAGAAAUGGUAAAACGACAAGUCCUCCACACUUUACUUUUGUUAGCGGAUAGACAAUCGUUUAAACCAAAAUCUCCACAAUUGGACUCGCCUGAUACUGCUAAACCUGAAGAAGAGGAACAGGCCGUCUCGAAGAAGUAUUUUAAAGCAUGGCACAUGAAGAAGGGAAUGCGAGGAAUGCGCGAGAAACUAGACAGCGAUGAAGGAAACGAACCGCUCAUUGGUAAUAAUGAACAAACCAAUCUGGAAGUAAAAGAGGACCCAGCCGAACACGAAGGAGAGGAAAGUAAAUCAAAAAUUGCUAUUAAAUGUGCUGGCAUGCUCUUCACUGGUGUGGCUCUGGUGACAUUGUUUUCUGACCCGAUGUGUGACGUGCUGACAGCGCUCACAAAUAAAAACAACAAAUCCUACAUCCCCAUACCGCCGUUCUAUGUGUCAUUCGUUGUAACACCAUUUUGUUCCAAUGCAUCAGAGUUGGUUUCGUCAUUGAUUUUCGCCAGUAAAAAAACCCGCGAGACAGCCACGAUGACAUUUUCGCAGAUUUUUGGUGCUGCGACUAUGAACAACACUAUGUGCUUAGCUAUCUUCAUGGCUUUAGUAUAUGCGAAAGAUUUAGAAUGGUAUUACGGUGCAGAGGUCAUGUGUAUUGUUCUUGUCCAAUGGAUGGUUGGUUUGAUUAGUUUAUCUAAAACUUACAAGGUGUGGAUGGGUAUUCCUGUGGUAGUGAUGUAUCUGGUCUGUGUUUUACUUGUCUAUCUACUGGAAUAUGUAGCAGACUGGAAAUGAAGACUGCAAAUCGGGAAAGACGCGACAACUCUUAAUUAAAAGCAGCCCUUCAAUCUUUUGAAAUACACUUAACUUGCUCGUUAGUAAUAAUUGGUGUUAUUGGUAUUCUCGACACUUGAAUGUUAUUCUAUAGAAGUUCUUUUUCACGGAAAGAUAUUUUCCUGAAUGUGUACACUCCCUACACGCCACAGAAUUAUUUUGUAUCCUGCGCGAAAUUAUUUGUAAAUUCAAAAUAUAUGUACGUGUUUAUUUGGUCGGAAAGCGAAUAGGUUUUUUUUACAUCAUUUAUAUCUACUUGUAUACUAUAUGCACUAUAAAAUCCUAUGUACUUACAGCAAAUUAAAUAUAUUUAUUGUUGGAAAAUUCUUCAA